AUGUUGAAUCGUCGAAACUCGUCAAAACUUGUUGUUUAUACCAUUUUCUUUCUUCUAAUUAAAUUAUUAUUCAAAGGAUCCAUUGUGAAAAUCCCGAAUAAUAUUCAAAUUUUGGAAAAUUCUGCAGAUUGUGUACAAAUAAAAUUGGAACGAUUAUUUGAUGAUGAUUAUUGGGAGGUACUUUAAUUUGAAACUUAUUUUCAAACAAAAUAGAAAACAUUUUCUAGCUCUGGGAAAAAUUCACAUUUGCUGUGAACAUGUGUUCUCCAAACUUUAGAAGUAUCAAAUUAUCAGAUUAUGCAAAUACAGAUGAAUUAAAAUAUCAUUAUUUACCAUUAGUUGAUUUAUCAACAAUUAAAUUGUUCGAUUAUUUCACUUGGAAUUGGAAAAGAUGUUAAAGCUGAGAAGAAAAUGAAAUAUAAUAUGCCAGAAUGUCUGUUUUAUGGAGCAGAUCCGAUUGAGGAGGAUAAUAAAGAACUUUUUGAACCGGUGGGUUUUUUGGAAUCAGAAUUUGUUGAAAUUAUACUUUUAAUUUUGAAAAAAACAAUCGAAAUUUUCAUUUUUUGAACAAAAAUUGCUCAGAAACCUUUGUGGCUCAAAUUUCUCUUUCAGAUCGGCGAUUUUUAUAAUAUGGCAGUUGGCGAUAAAAAUGGAAGUUUCCGAUCAUAUGUUUUAGAAGGUACACCUCUCAAAAACUAAAAAAAAAUUCCCAUACCCAAUUCCAGAUAUUUAUCGUUAUCAAGAAGUGACUACUGUAGAUCUAGUAACUUUUAUAAACCAAAAAGUUCAACAAAAAAUCAUUGAUCAAAUGAUGAUUGACAUCGAACACGCUGAAUAUAAAAUAUUGAACUUUUUCGGGAAAAAUGAAGAAUUAGAGAGGAAUGAUAUAUAUGUUUGUCAGGUCAGUAGUGAUAGCAAAAAAAAUCAUAUAAUUUUUUUUUCAGAUAAAUAUCGAGAUUCAUAAGCCUGAAUCGUUUGAAGAUCGUAUUAUAUUCUCUAGAUUUCUUGAAAAGAAUUUCAAAUCAAAACAGUGGAUUUUCAUAAAUUCUGAAAUUCAUCCAAUUUUGAAACAUAUUCGAUUAUUUAUGAUUAAUGGUAGAAAUCCUGAAUGUAUCAGGAGAUAUUUAUUAAAAAGUUGA